CUGGCUCUCUACAGUGUUCUACUGGUUCUACAGUCUACUGUACUGGCUCGGCCAAGAAGCAAAUGCUCGCUGUACUCGCAUCAUGCCGGCCUACGAAAUGACUAUGAUCUUACGUAAGAUGGCUAAACCGGAGAUCACAAGUGCACUCAAACGCAUGGGAGAGUAUGUACUGAAGAAUGGAGCCGUCCUCCGUUACAUCCAGAACCUGGGCACCAAAGAACUUCCUCUCAAGAUGAGCAGGCACGGUCGCACGAAUUGGCACGGAAGCUACUUCCUUUUUCGUUUCGAUGCAUCACCGGAGCUGACGGUGGCGAUGCGAGGAGAGAUCAAACGAGAUGUGGACAUUAUCCGUGCCACGUUCAUUUCACUUUCGCCGCCAAAGACCAUCACGUGCACCCUUGAAGAAGAGAUGCAGCCACCUGCGUACCGACCCAGUGUGCAGGCACUCAUGGCACAGAGCCAGGUGAAGAGGAAGAAGACCUUUGAGAAACACACUGACGGUCCAGUCUGAGUU